AUAGCAAUAGACUGGCAUCUCUAAAGGGAGUUGUUAUUUCGUUUUCGAACGGCAGAGGAAAAAACUUAAAGAAAAUCAUUAUAAAUAUUCGUCGCCCAAGUAUAUUUUUAGAAUUAAGAAUACAUUUUGGGAAGAAAGACAAUAAAUUUGGGAAGAAAAUUAAAAAUCUAAAAGCAAAAUAUUGUAUUAAUUUGUUAUAGUAUUAUUGGAUUUGAUAAAGUAACAAAAUCAAAGAAAAGUGGACCAAUUAUUUUUGUGCUCCAUAAGGAUUGAAAUCAUGAAAGAAGGAUUUCUGUUGACAAGUGCCGCUUAAAUCCCCUUGGAGUCGCGUUUUUAUAAUACCAUAUUCAACUUUUUUGUGUGUUUCUCGGAAAGACAAAUUUAGCCCAUUGUAAUAAUUGGUAAAUUAUUAAAGUACAUAUAAUAGUGCUUAAGCAGGAGUUACAAGUUAUUGGAACGUUUCAACGCCUUCUAUAGGAGAAAGAAAUUUUUUUGGGGCUGUCUUUAGCUUGCAUUUCCCAGGACGCGACCUGUGGAUAAUUAACUUUUCUUAAUUUUCCAAAAACACGAGCCUCUACAGUAUGCAGAAUGUUUCGAACGGUAACAAUGAUGAAUCCAGCACUGGAGCUGGCGGCAAUGGUAAAAGACCUAAAAAAGGCAUAUUAAAAACUUCCAGUAGUUUUGAUCGUACCGGUGCCAGUUGCCGUAAGAGCGCAAAAUUCGAUGAAUUAAAUGUAUUGCAAACCUUCCACCCGUCAGAUAAGGAUUAUGGGCAUAUGAAAAUUGAUGAACCAAAAACCCCAUAUAAUUAUAUCGACCCAGAUCCGCAGCGUGAUCAGCUAGAUGCCGAAUUAUUAGCCGAAAAAUUACGUAUAGCCGCCAAUACGCAAACGCCAUCGUUUGGCGAUGAUGAUGUUUCCGAUGACGAAUUUGAAGAAACUACUGAAGAAAAAGCACGCCGUAUGGAAUUUGAACGUCGUCGUAAAGAGCAUUAUAAAGAAUUCGAAGCAGUUAAAUUAGCUCGGAAGUUGAUAGAGGAAGAACUUGCUGAUGUUGAUGACGACGAAGAUAGUCCAGAAAUUUCGGUUGUCGAUACAGAGAAAUCCAUAUCAAUUUUAUCGGAAUAUGAGUGUGAAGAAGAAGGAAAGUUACCAUCGGAAGUAGCGCCUGUUAUUUCAGGAGUUGCUUCUACUAGAUUAGAAUCGUCGGAUUCAAUAACUCAAAUUGCUUCAGCGCAUUCACUAAAUCGACAAAUGGAUGUGGACCAACCUUUGCCUACGUAUCAUCCCUGCCAUGGCAGAGAGCACUAAAUGAAUUAAUUGUGUGUAUGUAAUCAUCAGUUAAUCUUAAACUCAAGAAAAUGUUUGUGAAAUUAUCAAUUCAAACCAACGUGAUUCUGACUUAAACUCAAUUAGAAAUGGAGAAUUAAUUGACUAAUUUGGUUUUUUUUUUUCUUAAAGAAACUCACGUCCGUUAACAUUGUUGUAUAUGUUAAAUCAAUGGCAAUUAAAUCAUUAGAACUGCGUUUGUGUUUACAGAUAAAUAAAAGGUUUUAUUUCUUCUGCUUCAUGCGAUACGGUGCCACCUAUCUAUACAUAAAAUAUAUUUCCAUUCUUUAAAAAAAUAAAAAAUGUUGAAUGAAUUAAUACUUUUAUUUAUUUAUUUUUUUUCCUGUGAACCUUUCCAAGUUAAACAUUUAGGAAUAAGGCUACUACGAAACAAACGAUACUUUUUUGCAUUUUUUAUCAAAAACUAAAAAGAAAUUAUUUUCUUCCAUAAUUUUUAACUUUAAUAUAAUUUUUUUUCUUUUUAAUUUGCUUGUAGUAUUAACAGCAAUGACAAAAGACACAAAUUGAAAAAAGUAGAAAAACUAAAUCAUUCAUUCUCGCGAUAUGAGUUAGAAAUUGUGUUA